AUGGCGAGAUCCAUCGAUUGCGCCUCCGACAGCUCGGUCAAGAACGUGGCGCUGGACACGCUGUUCCUCAUCGUCCUCCAGGCGGCCGUCGUCAUCGCGCUCGGCAAGUUCAUACACCUCGGCCUCUGCCGCCACAACCUGCCCAGCGCCACCUCACAGAUCAUCGCGGGGAUCAUCGUGGGGAGCCUGGGCCUGCACGACGUGAUCGUGCACGUCGACGUGGAGAACGCGGAGGACACCUACGGCCGCUACGUGUCGGAGGCGCGCAUCUUCUACAUGUUCUACGUCGGCCUGGAGGCGGACGUCGCGGCGCUGUGGAACGACAUGCGCCGGGCCACCGUCUUCACGUACGCGAGCGUCGCCACCUGCCUGCUCCUCGCGGCCUUCGUCUCCGGCGGCAUGUACGGCAGCAUGAUGCACGCCCCGGUGAGGUCGCCCGAGCUGCUGGCCGCGGUGCUCAUGCUGUCCAUCGCCGACACCGCCUCCGUCGACGUCUCGCGGAUGGGCAGCGAGAUGGGGCUCGCGGCCACGCCCAGCGGCCGCCUCGUCGUCGCCACGGCGAUCGCCACCAACAUCAUCUCCAUCGUCGGCGAGGGGGUGUUCUCCUGCAUGAAGCUGGCCUCCAGCAGGACCCCGGACUACAGCGCCCCGCAGCGGCUGGGGCUGGGCAUCCUCGCGCUCGUCAAGGUCGGCAUCGCCGUGUCGCUGCUCCGGCCGGUCGUGGCGUUCAUCAACCGGCGCAACGCGGGGCGGCACCGCGUCGGCAACUGGGAGCUGGUGCUGCUGCUCUUCGCCGUGUCGCUGCUCUGCGCGUGGGGUUCGACGGGAUGCCGGGAAGGCCCCGUGGCGAGGAGCAUCAUCGACACGCUGGCGUAUCCGCUCCACGCCCUCGCGCUGCCCUUCUAUUUCGGCGCCAUGGGGAUGCGGCUUAACUUCAGCGCCAUGUCGGGCGGCAUCCUAGUUCCGGCCAUCCUCCUGACGCUGCUCGGCUUGAUCGGCAAGUGCGCCGGCACCAUGGGCGCCGCCAGGUUCCUCAAGAUGCCGACCGCCGAUGCCCUGCUCUUGGGCGUCCUGCUCAACAUCAAAGGCCACGUCAACAUGAGGUUCGCCACUUCCGAAGGGGUACGACUGAUGGAUCUGAGGAAGACUGAUGUGGCCGCCGGGCAUGCUCAGCCUGCUCGAGCUGCUGGCGAGCAAGCCCCGCGCGCAGCCCACCAUCCAAGUCCUCCACUUCUUCGACGUCGCGCGCAAGGACGACGCCCCAGACAGUACCACCAGAGGGGCCAGGCCAGCGAGCAUAAGCACAUGAGCCGCCGCAAGGACGCCACCACGCAGGUGAACUGGGCCGUCGACGUGUUCACCUGCGCCACCGGCCUCGUCAUCCACCAGAUCGACGCCGGUGACCGCGGCAGCGCCGUGAACGCCAAGGCCAUCCGACGCUGGACGGAGGACGUCCACUCGGGCAUCCUGCUGAUUCCCUACCACAAGGAGCAGCACUACGACGGCACCAUGGUCUGCCGGCGCGAGGACCGCCGCCAGCUCAACCUCAAGGUGCUAGAGGGCGCGCCGUGCACCACGGCCAUUCUCGCCGACCGCCCGUUCCGGAGAAGCGGCACCAGCUUCCAGCUGCCGACCAAGAUAUGGACGAGCACGGAGGCCGCCGGGAACCAGGGCGACGAGAAGGUGACGACCCACGUCGCCGCCGUCUUCCUCGGCGGCCCGGACGACCGCGAGGCCGUUGCCCUCGCCUGCCGCCUCGCCAAGAACGAGUCUGUCAGACUGACAGUCGUCCGCUUCGUGCUCCGCGAAAGCACGGACGACCGCGUCGCGACGACGAGCGCCGACAUCGACGGGGAGGUGUCCGUGGUCGUCGACGACCCGGACGAGGAGUGCGUGUCGGAGUUCCAGCGCGAGUACGUGGCGAAGGAGCGCGCGGCGUACGCGGAGAAAGCGGUGACGGGGCCCAUGGACGUGGUGGAGGCGCUGCGCGGGAUGGCCGGCGCGUAUGCGCUGGUGGUGGUGGGGCGUGGCGGGCGGCAGCCGGCGGAGCUGGUGGUAGGGCUGGAAGGGUGGGCGGAGUGCGCGGAGGUAGGCCCGGUCGGGGAGAUCCUGGCCUCGGACGAGUCGCUGGAGAUGGGGCUACUACAUAACUGA